GUUCAGUUUGAAGAGCCUUCAGUAUUUGCUUUUCCUUGCAACUGGUAGUUGGAGAGUACAGAGGACUAGAGCAGAUACAGAAAACUGAGGAACAAUGAAUGUAAGCAGGACCAAGACAUCUAAACGCAUACAGAGACGAUUCAGUGUCUAUCAACAGCAAUCACCAAAAUCAACAGAACAGCAACAGCAGAAAGUAAAACAGGAGAAACUGCAGAAACAGCAGGACCAGCAGGACCAGCAGCACCAGGACCAGCAGCAGCAACUCUCACAAGCACAGGUACAAGAUCAAAAAGAUAAAUAUGAAGAAAAAGAGGUAAAGCAAGACCAAAAGAAAAUAAAACAGGAUCAGGAACAAAAUCUAGACGAGGAACAGAAGCUAAACCCAGCUGAAGAACAGGAGCAAGAGAAAACUGAAGAUCCACAGCUAAAAACAAAGCCAUCCCAGGCAACAAAAAAGGAAUCAAAAGAUACACAAACAAGAAAGGAGCAGAAUUUCUGGUACUGGGUCCCUCACCUCACUGACAAUUCUCCGUGGGAAUGUCUUGUCAAGGGUAAAGGCCAAGAAAUUUUAGAAACAGUUUUCAACAGUACAUCAAGAUCUAAGUAUACAAAAUUUACAUGCCGACACAGACGUACUGAGCAAACUACAGAAACUGCACAGCACAGCACACAUGGCAGCACUUCAACUCAGCCUCGCACCCGAAGUUCAAAUCCAUCUCAUGAAGCCAGACCAACAGGAAUGCAGCACAGGCCUGGUACCUCAGCAGGAUGUAGCAAUAAUGUUCCAGGAACAAGAAAUGUUCCUCAAAGUGGACCGUCUCAUGGGGGAAUGACAGAUCAACAAAUGUUUCUCUCAUUCAUACAGGAAACUCGCAGUAUGGGUUUUGAUCCUAACAUGUUUUCUCUUUUGGGGUUACCUGUUCCUGCACAGAAUCCAGCGGCUCCAGAUGGAUCACAACGUCCACCAAAUGUUAAUUUCGUGCCACCAACACCAUCAUCACUAGAGUCUAGUCUAAAUGAGACACUGAAUAUUAUCCAGGAAAUUAUGGCAGGGACUGUUGCUCUGUGUCGCCAGCAACCAGAGCUAACAUUAGAUCAAAUGAAAAGAAAAAUUAGAGGAUUGUUUCAUCAGAUGAUUACUGAACCUGCCAACAAACCUCAGCAGUAAGUGAAGGAGAUGCUAUGAUGACAAUACUCCAUUUAAGAUACUGUGGGAAAUCUUGAAAACUCAAGUUUUGCUUAGCUGUUUGCAUCAUUCUGAUGUUUUCUUUACACAUUUCUCACAAUAUUAACUCAUAGAACAUUAUCAAAUUAUUUUGUGAAAGUUGUCAACAUAUUGAAACACUGUUUCCUGAAAAGUGUGGACGCUUAAAAGACAAUACUAGCAUUUAUGUCUAAUCAUUCCAAAUAAGGUUGAGAUGUAUGCUAAACAGAGUGAACAUUUCAAUUCAAGUUAAUUGUCUCCAUUUUAGUAUGUUAUUAGUUUUAAUGGAGAUAAUACUUGAUGUGUGUCAAUAUUAAUUAUAUAAUUUCAUGUGAUAUUGCAAUACUAGUUUCAGUAAUAGAAUUUAAAGUUUCUUUUAACAGUCUGUAAUGUAGGAAUUCACUAAUAUUAACACCAAAUGUUUUUCAGUUGAGUACAUUAUUUUGGGUAGCAGUGCUUGUCAAAACACAACUGAUAAAUAUUUGAAAUUCAAUUGAUUUUAAUAGAAUUCAAAAAUUUCAUCUUCCAAAUUGCACUCUGAACGAUGAAAUUAAUUUUAAUCAAAGAGUGAUAUAAUACUCUGCUGAAUAACCAUAUGUCACAUUGUUUUGUUGGAAUGAAAAUGACACUAAUUGAAUGUAGGAUGGAGAGGAGAGGUGACAGGGAGUCACUGAUUUUUUGAGUUGACAGCUCCUUUACUAAAAGCAAAAUGUGGGCUGGCAGAAGAUUAGAGUGUAAGUAAAAGAGUCAAACACAAAGGAGGCUUGACUAUCAAAUUCAGUGUGGAUCUUCAUACAAGUUAUUAAAAGUGCUUCAUAUUUUCAUCUGUCCUACAUGCAUCUGAUUUUAUAUUUGUUAUAAUGCUUGUCAUAUCUCUCUAAGCAUAUAUUUCUGAGCUUGCUAGAACUACUCAAAACUGGGCACCUCUAUUCACUUUAGUGAUCUACUGAGAAACCAAAGACUUCCUUUUUUCAUAAGAUCCAUUUUUACCAACAAUUACUUCACAUCAUGUGGCCAGACAGACAAAUCACAGCUGCAGUAAUGGGAAUUGCCAGCUGACAAAUCAUUAAUACUGAAAUGAUUUCAGCUGAUGGUCUAAAUUCAGAUUCAGAGGCAAAAUCUUUGUUGUUCUAACUGCUCUUGCUGACCCUCAAUAUCUUAACUUACUGUGUACGCUGCACUAAUUCUCCAUUAUAAACUCUUCAAUGAAGUAUGAGGACUAGAACAAAGUUUCUUGAGUUCGUCAUCACUCACUUGAGCAUCUGCUAUAUUCUUGUAAUCAGCUGCUGCUACUACUUCCUCCAUUCUGGACAUGUUGUCAGCAACAGUAUUUUAUAUUCCAGAAAUGUGUCUGAUAUCUGUCAUAAAUUGUGAUAUGAACUGUGGGUGGUGCAUUUGCGUAGGGGUUGCCUCUCUUUUCAUUGUUUAAAUGCUUGUGUGGAAGGAGCAUGGUUAAUAUGCACUGCAAAUGAACAUCCUUCAAGCAGGUAUAUUGAAUACUUUAUUGCCAUGUACUUGCUGAGAAGUUCCUGAUCAUAUGUUGAACAUUUCUUUUACGAUGGCAAGAAAUUUUUGGAGAAGAAACCAACUGGUUUCUAUGUUCCUUCUUCAUUCUGGUGCAACACUGUUGUUUAUAUUAAUGAAUGUUAAAAGGGCUGUGUUUGCAAUGUCCAUUUUGCACUUCCUAAACUGCUUUAUUGCUUUCUCUCCAGUAUGUGCUUUCUUUCCUACAAUUCUUUAUGUAAUACUUACGAAGCUUGAUGUUUUGUGGUAUGUUCCAAAUGCCAUCAGUAAAAAUCCAGUAUGCCAGUGAAAUGACAGAAUUCUGAUACAAUUCCUAGAUGUUUCAAAUUAAUUAUCACUUGUACUCAUUUUGGGUUUGGUUUGUACCUUCUGGAGUUAUCACAUGACCUAAAAUGAUAAUUUCUUAAACACCAAAAACAGUUUUUACAUCAUUAAUCCUUACACCAAACUUGUUCAGUCACUGAAACAUGACAGUUGAGAGCCAGACGUUAUCAGUAUGUCAUCUAAAUAUGCAAAACAUAAAUCUAAAUAUCUCAGAACUUCAUUAACAAAUCUCUGAAAGGUACUGAGCGCAUUCCUGAGGCCAAGCAGCAUGAAAUUUAAUUCAUCAAGUCCAAACGGUGUGAUCACAACACACCAUUCCUUCUCAUUUUCAGCUGCUGGGAUUUGUUAAUAUGCAUUGAGGGGACUGGGAGAUUGACUUGCCCACAAGGAUGGAAUUUGCAUAAUUUAUAUGAGGAACAGGACAGCAGAUGUUGGUAGCCUCCACAAACACAUGCUUUUUUGCCAUGUACAGAGGGAUAGGCCACCGGGAUUUAGAGGUGGCAAAUUAUAUUAGGAUUGUUUGGAAACUGAAAUCCUUAUUUAUCCAGUUUAGUUUUAUGUAAAUCUAACCUGUGGGGUUUUGAGUACGAUGGAGGGCCACUGCAGGUUGCGAUGUAAUAUUUUAUUUCUCCUGGCAUAAGGGUGGAUUUUGUCAGUUCAGGUAACUUUUUAAGUAGUUCAGAAUAUUUACAACUAGUAUGAAGCGAACUAACAGAAUCAUACAAAUCAACUGCACACUGGAGUGGAGCCACAUCUGUUACUGUCAACUAAUAAUUUUCUUUUCAGACCUAUUAAUAAACUAAACCAACAAAGAAAGCCUGCACCUAUUAUGCCUUUGUUGUGUUGACUACACUGAAAGACCACUAAAAACUUCAUUUUAAAUUCAGGAGUCAAUAACUUUGAUCCAUAAGUUUUAAUCUCAGAUCCAUUUGCAGCAUAAAGUUUGUAACCUAUCUAUUUAACCUUAUCCUUGGGACACACUGGUUUAAUUGAAACAUCAGAGCCAUAGUUGACCAGAAAACAUAGCCCUGAAGUUUUAUCUCUAACAAUCAAUUGAUAUUAGCAAUCUGGUAUAACUGUUGUGGCAGAACACUCAGCCGUUACUGUGUCCGCCAAUUGGUGUUUCCCUCACUUUUCCAUUUGCAAGGUUGGACACAUUUCUCAGGUCUACAGUUGGAGCUGUAAUGAAAAUGAAAAUAGUACUACUUUCUGGAACUAUUUCAUCUUGGCUUGCUGCAGCCUAUGCUACAAGAACAUCAUUCCAAUCAAUACUGUUGCUCCCUACAUCUAGAUUUUUUUACUUCAUUUUCAAACUCUUCCACCCUUAACACAAGACCUUUCACUGACAAAAGACUCACAUGCCAUAGGAAACUGACGGAAGUUCAUGGUUGCUUCACAUUUCCAGAACCCGGUGAGUCACUUGUGCUAGUUUGUCCAAAUGUUCUUCAGAAAUUAUUAAAAUAUUUCAGAUGCUAACAGUAGGUUUGUCUAGCCAGACAGACUUUAAAAUUUUAUUUGAAAUGUCCAUUCCUCCACAACCUUUCAUUUUCCAAAGUAAAUGACUGGUCAUCAAUGCUCUUCACCUUCCUUAAAAACCAUUAACAGUCUUUCUUUACCUAACAAACAUAUGUUGCUUUUGUCAUUGUUUACAAGAUUGAACCUAUUUUCAACAAAUCAGGGCUCUAACUAUGCUAAGAAGUAAUUGAAUUUGGUUGCUUCAGUCUGCAUUUCCACAAUUGUUAAUUUUGCAUCAGCCUGACACAACCAUUUAUCUGGCUUGUCAUUUCAGACUGGAGAAAGUUGGUUACUAACUUUAUCCACUUCUACUGUAGUAUCAUUGUUUAGGAUAUUACUGUUCGCUUUAUCUUUUAUAAUAUUUGUUUCUCAUUCAGAUCCUGUCAAAGUCACCAGUCAUUUGGUCUUGUAUAAUUAAACACAAAACAUAGUAUUUGAAAUUCAAAAAUAUUAUUUGGAAACUUUCAUUUGUUACAAGAACAAAUAUCACACAAUCCAGGCACGGCAGUUAAUGUCUAGAUCUCCUCCUACUCUGCAUAUUUCAAAUGUCAUUGUUUUCAAAGAAAUAUAAGAGUCAACACAAAGAACUAUUUAGAGGAUUGCAGGUUAUGAAAAUAAACACAAACCUAUGGCCAUUAUACUGUUCUCAUGUACACAUGAGUAUGGCAUUCUUGUGAAAGGUUCAUUUAACCUGAUCACCAUGAACAUCACCCAUAAUGGAAGUUGAGUGCAGCAUAGCUUCUCAUGCUUUCCAGUUUUCCACUGAUAAGUGAUUAUGGUUCCAAAUCUAUAACUGGAAGGAUGUAACUUGCAAAUAUUUUUUAGCUUUAUAUUUUAUACAAUUAUUCAACUUUAAAGUAUCAAAUAAUAUAGUCAGAUUGGAAUUCUCAAAUUUGAAGUGAUUUUAUCCAAUACAAACUGGCUGUUUGUUUGGUAAAAACAGUCUCAUGAUAACAGACUAUUUAAAAUAUAGAUUACAAUGGAAGAGGAAGUAGAGGUUUAAAUCACCAAAUAUGAAAGUAAUUCUGUCAAGAUAUUGUUCUCCAUUCUGUAGCUGUAUGGAUUUCAUGUAUAAAGUAAAUCAUAAGCACAACUGUACAAAAAAGUGUAUUGUAUGAAUACUAAUUUUGUCAAUAAAACAAUCAGAGCUUAAAUGCAAAAUAAAAACAUGUCAAUACCAAAUAUACCAAUGUAGGAUUUACAAAUCUGAUACUUGUAUGAUCUUCAGCACUUCUUACAAUUAAUGGAAAACAUAACACUGUAUUGAGUUUUGCAAAUACUGAAAUAAAGUGUUUUCUUAAAUA